ACGCACUUCCGGGUUUGGCCAGAAACGCAGCCAUUGUCCCGCGCGCGGAUGCCUGCUGUCGCCACGCACCUGGGCUCGGAGGUCAGCCGAGUGGCCCUGCGGAUGCCGAGUAGGGGAGGGGGCCGAACUAACUGGAUCCGAGUCUGUCGUGCUGCAGAAUCGGCGCAGGGGGUUGCUUCACCCGACUCCGUCCCGCUGCAGAGCCGUGCCGGGCCCUGAAGCUGGGACAGGCCGGUCCUGGGCCGCGAGCCCGUGGACGCCCAGCUCAGGCCCUCAGGCCCCUGCCUGUGCCUGAAGGAGAGCAUGGAAGAGCGGGAUGAGAAGCCCCCCGGGCCCCUGAAGACCGGUGCGCAGGACUCUCUCCUUCCUCCAGAGAGUAUCGUCAAGGUUGAGAAAGAAGAUGCCGGGUCACUGGCCCUUCCAUCCCCGGAAGGAGAGAACUUCAAAAUUGUGACUGUGGACUUCACUCAGAAGGAAGAAGGCACUUUGAACCCUGUUCAGAGGACCCUGGACAGAGAUGUGGACCUAGAGAACCACAGGGACCUGGUCUCUUGGGACUUGGCAACUGCACUUGGAAGAAGAGAAUCAAUAUCAAAGCAGAACAUUUUUGAUGACGAACCAUUCCACGGAGUGAAGUUAGAAAGGUUGACAAGAGAUGAUCCUUGGUUAGCUUCAUGUGAAGAAGUUCGGGAUUGUAAGGACCAGUUGGAGAAGCAACAGGAAAAACAAGAGAGACUUUUGAAAGAAAUGGCCUUUACUCACAGGAAAGCUAUUACUUACGAGAGAGUCUGUAAAAAUGAUGAACUUGAGGAGAAGAGUGGUCUGAAUCCCAGUCUUCUUUCACCCCAGAUGAUAUCCAUAAGAAACCAUUUUCAUAAACAUGCCUCACAUGUAAAAAAAUUGCAUUAUAAUCCUAUUGUUAACAGUCAUCAGAUGAUUCAUGACAGUGAGAAACUCUGUGACAGUAAUGAAUGUGGAAACCCCCACCAGAACAUUCACCUUAUUCAGUUUACAAGAACUCAAACAGAGGCUAAAUCCUGUGGAUUUAGUGACAGUAUUCAAUCUUUUAGCAAUGAUGUACCCUUAAAUAUACAUGAGAAAAUACAUGCCAGAGGAAGAUCCUUUGACUUUGAGGAAUGUGGGCAAGUUUUGAACCACAGUAUAUCCCAUAAUGAACAACAGAGAAUCCCUGUUGAAGAGAGUCAAUAUAACUGUAGUAAAACCUCCCAGAGUUCAUCCAUUGCUCAAAACAUGAGAAAUUCUGAAGAGAAACCCUUUGAAUGUAAUCAGUGUGGGAAAUCCUUCAGCUGGAGCUCUCAUCUUGUUGCACAUCAGAGAACUCACACAGGGGAGAAACCUUAUGAAUGUAACGAGUGUGGGAAAUCCUUUAGCCGGAGCUCUCACCUUGUUUCUCACCAGAGAACUCAUACUGGAGAGAAACCUUACAGAUGUAAUCAGUGUGGGAAGUCUUUUAGCCAGAGCUAUGUUCUUGUUGUGCAUCAGAGAACUCAUACUGGAGAGAAGCCUUAUGAAUGCAAUCAAUGUGGGAAGUCCUUCAGGCAGAGCUACAAACUUAUUGCACAUCAAAGAACUCACACUGGAGAGAAGCCCUAUGAAUGCAGUCAGUGUGGGAAGUCGUUCAUCCAGAGCUAUAAACUUAUUGCACAUCAAAGAAUUCAUACUGGCGAGAAACCCUAUGAAUGCAAUCAAUGUGGAAAGUCCUUUAGUCAGAGUUACAAACUUGUUGCCCAUCAGAGAACUCACACAGGAGAAAAACCCUUUGAAUGUAAUCAGUGUGGGAAAUCCUUCAGCUGGAGCUCUCAGCUUGUUGCACAUCAAAGAACUCACACUGGGGAGAAACCCUAUGAAUGUAAUGAGUGUGGAAAAUCUUUCAACCGCAGCUCUCACCUUGUCAUGCAUCAGAGAACUCAUACUGGAGAAAAACCCUACGAAUGUAAUCAGUGUGGGAAGUCUUUUAGUCAGAGUUACGUUCUUGUUGUACAUCAGAGAACUCAUACUGGAGAAAAGCCCUAUGAAUGCAGUCAGUGUGGGAAGUCCUUCAGGCAGAGUUCAUGCCUUACUCAACAUCAAAGAACUCAUACUGGGGAGAAACCCUAUGAAUGUAAUCAGUGUGGAAAAACAUUCAGCUUGAGUGCUCGACUCAUUGUACAUCAAAGAACUCAUACUGGAGAAAAGCCCUUUACGUGUAAUCAGUGUGGGAAAGCUUUCAUUAAUAGUUCUAAACUUAUUAGGCAUCAGGCAACUCAUACUGAGGAGAAACCCUAUGAAUGAAUGUAACGAGUUUGGAAAUCUUUUAGCCAGAGUAUAUUUCUUUUUCCUUUCCUUUUCCUUUUUCUUGCAUUUCUUCCUCCCUCCCUCUUUCUCUUCCUCUCUUUCUCUUUCUUUUCCUCGUUCUCUUCAAUUUCUUUUUCUUUCUUUCUUUCUUUCUUUCUUUCUUUCUUUCUUUCUUUCCUUCUUUCCUUCCUUCCUAGCUUGCAGUCAGCCUUCUGUCGUGUAUCUGGAAAUUCAUUCUAGAGAAGAAAGAACAAUGAAUCAUAUAUUUUACUUAGCAAUUCCAUAUUAAAAAUCAAACUUGGCAUUUAUGACACAUUGUCACAUAAGUAACAAAUAUUGGCACUUUUCCUUGCAGAAAACACUCCAACUUGAAUCUGAGAAAAUUACCACUUGCUAUGGAGUGAUUGUGAGUGAAGUAGACCUCUUUAACAAUAAAGAGUAAAUGAGAAUGCACACACUGGUGGGCUUGUUGUUGAGUAGAUUGGAAAACUGCUAUAGUAUUAGAAGCUAGGCUGGAAAACGAUAUUUCAGUAUCAUUUUAUGACACGAUUUCCCCGGUAGCUACUUUGUAAUCUAUUUUAUGCAGUGCUUUCUAUUAUAUGUGAAGAUUUCUUUAAAAAUAGGAUAUGACUAUGAUAUGAAGUGAAAAAAAUGCAGGCCAAGAGAAUCAAACAUUAAUUUCAAACAAAAUAACCAUUGUGAUAUGUGUGUGUGGAUCAGAAUUGAAAGGGAUUCUGGGUGUAUCUGAUUUUUAGGUUUAUGCCUAGUUUUCUUCUUUUUUGGAAUGUGUGCUAUUUUACUAUACUAAGUAAUACGAGGAGUAAAAAUUAAAAACAAAAAGUAAACCAAAGAUUUCCAUCUUUGACCAUUUAGGAAAGACUAGGUGGCUAAAUAGAGAUCCCACAGGGUUCUGAGAUUUCCAUUUGGAUUAGCUUGAGCAGGUCACUCCUUAGAAUUUAGAUUCCCAGAGAUUUUCCUCAUUGAAAAUUAAAUGUUUCCCUGGCAAUGGGAUACUGGAAAUUUAGGCCAGAAGGGGUUCUGUAUGAGGGAUGGAGAAUACACAGGCUGUGCAAAGGGCAUUUUAAAAAAUAUUUCCAAAGCAGUAUAAAGGAGCUCUAUUUUAAGGGUCCUACCUCUCCCCUCUCCCCCCGCCAUGCAGUCUUGUCUUCUUUCCUCUGGGAUGUAUUCCCUAAUAUGAAAAUCUUAUGAGUGGGAGGGCACUAUCAGGCUAAGUGCUCAUCACCUAAAUUAUGUUUGCAAGAGUGAUUUUAGGCAAGAUUUGUAGCUAUUGGUUGGAUUGUAAGAUGUGGUUCACAUGUCUUUCUGGCCUUUGCCACUAAAUCUUGAAUUCUAAUCCUAUGGAUUAUCAUGGACCUGACGCCUCUGAUCCUAGAGAGUUAAUAAAAAGUAAGCAGAGAGGGGCACCUGAGUGCUCAGUUAAGCAUCUUUUGACCUUGGCCGGGUCAUGAUCUCCUAUUUGUGAGAUCAAGCCCCACUUCAGGCUCUGUGCUGAGCAUUGUGCCUGCUUGAGAUGCUGUUUCCCUCUCUGCCCUUCCCCUGCUUGUUCUGUCUCUCUCAAUAAAUAAACACUAAAAAAAAAAAAAAAAAGAAGAAGCUGAGAGUUGAAAUGGGAGACCAGAGAAUAGAUGUGAAUUCCCUGGAGGAAAAAAGGAGAAACCAUAAGUGACAUCUGAUAGUGGUUGCCCUUAAUAAAAUUCUGUCCCCAUGCGAUGAUGCUAAGUGGAGCCAUCUCUGUGAAGAUUAAGCCAGAGUACAGCACACAUAGCAAUGACAAGUUCUGGGGAACGGUUGUUUAUGGCUAGAAAACUGGCUUCACGCACACCCUGAAAGAUCUUCAGUCAAUGAAUGCACAGAGGAAUAGCAGGUGUUUUCCGCCCAUUGCCUUUUGGGGACAACAUAAAAUUGUGAAAUACCCUAAUUUAGCAACAGGACCUGAAUAGGCUUCCUCCCAAAUUAUAGAUGAAACUAAUGCCUGUGCUAGGAUAAUUUUCUUUCUUUUUAAAAAAUACACAUACAUUUAUUUUUUUAAAUUUUUUUUUAACAUUUAUUUAUUUUUGAGACAGAGAGAGACAGAGCAUGAAC